AAAAAAAAUUGUUUUUUCUUUAUUAUUAAACUACAGAAAAACACAUAGUUAUUUUUCAGCAAUUGGUGAUCGUAUAUUAACAGCACCACAAACAUUUGGUCCUAUUGUAACCAUACCUGAUGGUGAUAUAGCAAUGAUUCAACUUGAUCAUAUACUUACUGUUAAUGGUUCAAUGAUUAGAAAUGGAUCAUUGAAUGAUCAUACAGGCCAUUCAGUUUAUUUUGAAACAAAAUAG